GAAGAUAGAAGUUAAAGACAAAACGACAGAAAACAACAGAUGAGAGGAAAAGGAAGACGAGACGAGGACUAUCGCAGAGAAGAGAAGACCAAAGACGGGAGGAAGACACGAAAACACGAAAAGGUGAGAGAGAGGCGGAGCUGCAGAGUCAGAGGAGGAUUCACAACGCCAUGGCUGUCAAACAACCGCAUGGUGUUGUGAUGAACAGCUGAGACUCACAAACACACACACAGACACACACACACAGACUCACAAACACACACACAGACACAGACAGACUCACAAACACACACACACACACCGAACACACACACACACACACACACACACUGCGAGUAUGUCAGCAGUUGGCCCGACCUCCCCUCUUCCUGAGGAGCCGAUCACGCCUCCACCCAUGACUACACCUUCUCGCAAAGUCUCGGUCCGCCUGCAGGAGAGGCGUGGCUCCAACCUCUCGCUGCUAUUGGAUGUGAGCAGCCUGGGGGCGGAGCCUGUGUGUUCUGUCUCCACCCCGAAGGAGGUCUGGCUCCAGCUGCUUCACACGUCGUCCCGCCCACUUAAUCACGCUGCGCUGCAGGACGCCGCCACGGACACGCACACGCUCAACGCAGAGUACCAGAAGAUACCUCCGAACUUCGUGAGCGCCGCCGAGCUCGAUGUUCCUGGACACGUGAUCAAAGACAGAUACAAGAGCAUCCUGCCCAACCCUGAGAGCCGGGUGGUCCUGAGGAGCCUGGAGGAAGACGCGGGGCCAGACGGCUACAUCAACGCCAACUACAUCAGGGGUUACAAAGGAGCCCCAGCGGCCUUCAUCGCCACCCAGGGGCCAAUGCCUCACACCGUGGGGGAUUUCUGGGACAUGGUGUGGCAGGAGGGGAGCGGCAUCAUCGUCAUGGUUACCAGACUGAAGGAGAACAACGAGAAAUGUGAGCUGUACUGGCCCCAGCCGCCAGAGAGGGAGAGGAAGGAGGAGGAGGGAAAGGAGGAGCAGAGGGAGAGGAAGGUGGAGGAGGGAGAGGAGGAGCAGAGGGAGGAAGAGGAGGAGGAAGGAGAGACGGGCCGAUUCGGCAGAUUCCUCCUCAGAGUGACAGACAGCUGGGAGAAAGACGGCUUCACCGUCACCGACAUGGAGAUCCAGCUGUGCGCGGAGCGUCGUCCCAUCAGACACUACUGGUUCACCUCUUGGCCCGACCACCACAUCCCACAAUGCACCGCUCCCCUGCUGAGACUGGUGGAGGAGGUGGAGUCGUACAGGAAGUCCCUCCUCCCGCCAGACUCUCAGCCAAUCACAGCCACCGUCCGUGGUGCUGGACCAGUCAUCGUCCACUGCAGGUUGGUUCUUCUUCAAAACAGUGAACACUAUGUAGUUCCCCCCGUCCUGUGCAGGGGUGGUAUGAUCCAGACUACAGAGCAGUACCAGUUCCUGUACUCCACACUGGCCCAGUACAGCUCCCAGCUACAACACCGCCCGGAGCAGAACCAGAACCAGAACCCAGAGGACCAAGUCACGAAACAGCUGCAGAACCUCCAGCUGGAUAAAACAAAGACUCAGAAGAACUGACACCAAACAGAACCAACAGGUUGCAGAACCAGAAGUAUUAAACAGAACCAGAAAAAAAUGGCAAAGCAGCUGAACCCAAAGACUUUAUCCAUGCACAGACGGAGAAUUUGGGAAACCAGCUGUCUCAGAAGUUGGAGGAUCACACAGAAACCCCAAAUACCUGCGGGGUCCAGAUCAGUGCACAGAGAUCCUGAUCAACCGGCACAGCAGAGGCUACGAAAAUCCAGAAAAUAGCGUUUACACUGGACUGAAAGUCUCCGAAAACUGAACUGAAUCAAAGUUGGAAAAUGGAAAAUGCAGAUUUCAAUAUUUACAUCUAAUGAAAUAAAAUAAAAAUUAAUAUUGUGUGA